GAAUGAGCUCGUAGCCUGCAGUCCUGAUCAACCCCAUGUAAUUAAAUCAUCCUUUGGAAUAAUAGACUUUCUACAACCACAUAAUCACAGUGGAUCGUGUGUCUGGUUCCUUGAUAGUUUUUCUGACAAGAUCAUUCGGAUACGCAUCCUGGAUUACUUUGGUGAAUGUAACGAAGGAAGACUGGAAAUAUUUAAUGGAGAAUUUGAUUCAAGUGGUCUUCUUGGAAGAUUCUGUGGAUUUCUAAGUAAUCGAUUCAUGUUAUCAACUUCCACUAAAGUGCUGAUUCGGUUCAAAUCAACUGGAGCUGGAAAUGGCAAUAAUGGUUUCAGGCUUUAUUUUGAGCAUACAGCGCCGCCUGUGGAAUGUGAUCGUGACCAGGUUUCAUGUCAUCAUCAUAGCAAGUGUGUCACCAAGGAAUUCGUUUGUAACGGAGUUGACGAUUGUGGUGAUGGAACAGAUGAGGAAAAUUGCGGUCAAGGUCCAUUUGUUGAUAUGCCUUGCGGAAAACCUGAUAUAAGUCCUGCACUUGGAAAUGAGAGAAUUGUAGGAGGUCGAGAAGCGAUUCCGGGAAGUUGGCCUUGGCAGGUAUCACUUCGUGUGUGGGACCUGGAACCUUUUGGUCAUGCAUGUGGUGGCGCUAUUAUUAAUCGCCAGUGGUUGAUUACUGCUGGACACUGCUUUCGUAGGUACCCUAAGAGGAAGUCAUGGAGGGUACACGUUGGAAAAUACAGCAAAUUGAUCCAUGAUUCAACUGAACAAAUCCGAUAUGUGGAUGCCAUUUAUUCCCAUCCAGAUUUCAAAGGACUUGAACCAUGGAAUAAAGCCAGGGAUGUUGCAGCAGUCAAGUUGAAUGCACCGAUAGAAUUUACGCCAUUUGUCCAGCCUGUCUGUUUGCCUAAGCCAAACUUGGACAUACCACCUGGAACUGUGUGUCACGUGACUGGCUGGGGAAUCGCCAGAGGUACUGGUAGUGAACUAAUACUGAAACAAGCAGCAGUGCCUGUGAUACCGAGGCGAAAGUGUCAAGAAUGGUAUGGACCCGACUACCGUAUCGAUGAGAAUGUAAUUUGUGCAGGUUUUCCUGAUGGCGGUCACGGUGCUUGCAACGGUGAUAGUGGAGGCCCUCUAGUGACAAAAAUAGAUGGCACAUGGCAAUUGGUGGGAAUAGUUUCAACUGGGGGAGUAUGUGCUUACGCUGAGCAGCCUGGCAUCUAUACAGCCGUAGCAAGUCAAGUUCCAUGGAUUCUACACACCAUCAAUGAAGAUAUGCUCCACUUUUUUGUGUAGGAAUGUAGGAUUAUUUACCAACGAUGACCACAUUGACUAGAUUCAAUAACUAAGUUUAAGUACUUACUUUUUUCUGAAAAUUUAAAUAUUGUUUGAUAAAAUAUUAGAAAU